UUUAAGAUAGUCGGUAAAAAAUAGCAAAUAUCCAACUUUGACAUCAUCGGGUCGCUUUGAGCAACAAGUCAAUCUUUUAUAAUUGAUCUAGUCUAUACAAGAAAGAUUAAAAAAAUUCACAUCCUUAUUUUUAUCACUUUUGCCUAAAGCUAGCCUUCAACUUUCGCAUAAUACAUAUUUAAUCUAUGUUUUGUUCAACAUGCAAUAUAGAAAUUUUCAUAUUAUGCAAAGAUAGCGCAAUAAAAAUAACAUGUCAAAUAAAUUUUUCUUAUAAUAACUAAUAACGAUGCAAGGAAUUAAAUAUUUUUGAUGAACAAGAUAUUUAUGAUUUAUUUUAUAUACAUAUAUACAUACACACACAUUUAAAAUGUAACACCAAAUCGCCAAAGGUUGAGAAAGAUUUUAUUUAAAUUCUUAAAAAUUUUGGCUUUAAAAUAAGGGAUUCAUCAAUACAACCAUGCAAUUAUCAGACAGAGAAGAAAUAUCCGAGAAGUAUUAAAAUACAAAGACUUAGCAAAACAACAUUUCCUGCGACAAUUCAAUAAUAUUGAUAGAUAAUUUAAUUGUUCCUGCACUGAGUUACAAAAACAAAACGAAACAUUUGUGUAUUUAAUAAUCCUCACCACACAAAUGUGAUAUGCCCGCAGCUCUACCCGCAGUGCAACACUUAGGAAUCCAAAUAAUUUAUUACUUAAUCGAGCCAGAACCUGUGGUUUGGAAUCCAUGGAAAGAGAUAUUUAAUACGUUAUUACGAGUUUUUACAGCUAAUGAUGAUAAAGAGUCCGUGAGAAGGGCUAAAGGGAGGGAUAGGGACUGCUACCAAGAAGAAAAAAAAAAAAAGAAAAGAGGACGACAGAAAGCAAGGGAGGGAUGGCAUGAAAAGUUUUGGUCUCUCCAUCUGUCGUUUUUUUUCUGUAGGUUGGUAUCUCCUUGCUGAAUUAUGGAACAACCUUUGUAGCUGGAUUGGAAAACCUUGUCCUGUUGGUGAAACCCCCGAAGUCUGUUUCCCCUUUCAUCUCCCUUCCUCCAACUCCUCUUUCUCCCCUUCCAUUUUUCUAUUGUUUUCAUAACUAGCAAUUGAGCUUUCCUGAGUUUUUCUCAGCUUCCAUCUAUCCAUGUAGGCUGGAAUUCUCUCUCCUCACUCCUCCAAUCCCCUGAGUAGAUCAAAAAUUAUAAGCACUGGAGCCAAGUAGAAUGAUAGGUGCAAAGGCCCAGGUGUCAGAUUACUCAGAAUUUGUAGAGGUUGAUCCCACUGGAAGAUAUGGCAGGUACAAUGAGAUCCUUGGCAGGGGAGCUUCAAAGACAGUGUAUGAUCCCAUUCCCCCUACUGCCCACCUACCCCCUCUCAAAGGAUUCUCUGGUUUCCUCUUCUUGAUGCAUGACUUUCUCAUGUUGGAUUGUUUCUUGCAUGUCCUUGUGGAAUCUGAUGGCAGGUACAGGGCUUUUGAUGAGUAUGAAGGGAUUGAGGUGGCCUGGAACCAAGUGAAGCUCUAUGACUUCCUCCGGAGCUCUGAGGACCUGGAGAGGCUCUACUGUGAGAUCCACCUCCUCAAGACCCUCAAGCACAAGAACAUCAUGAAGUUCUACACCUCCUGGGUUGACACCUCCAAGAGGAACAUCAAUUUUGUCACCGAGAUGUUCACCUCUGGCACUCUCAGACAGUACAGGCAGAAGCAUAGGAGGGUUAACAUCAGGGCAGUGAAGCAUUGGUGCAGGCAGAUCUUGAGGGGCCUCCUCUACCUCCACAGCCAUGAACCCCCCAUCAUCCACAGGGACCUCAAGUGUGACAACAUCUUCAUCAAUGGGAACCAAGGGGAGGUCAAGAUCGGCGACCUCGGCCUCGCCGCCAUCCUCCGGAAAUCGCAUGCCGUCCAUUGCGUAGGCACACUGGAAUUCAUGGCCCCAGAGGUGUUUGAAGAGGAAUACAAUGAAUUGGUAGACAUAUACUCUUUUGGGAUGUGCGUGUUGGAAAUGGUCACCUUCGAGUACCCAUACAGCGAGUGCACGCAUCCGGUGCAGAUCUACAAGAAAGUUAUAUCAGGCACCAAGCCUGAAGCUCUGUAUCGAGUUAAGGAUCCUGAGGUGAGGCAAUUUGUGGAAAAAUGCUUGGCCACAGCUUCCCAAAGGCUUCCUGCAAGAGAGCUUCUGAAGGACCCAUUUCUCCAACUUGAUGAUCAUGGUAUGGUCCAUGAAGAGGGAGAAUUUAGCGAUAUGGGCUGUAUUGUGAGACAACCUUCUCUUCAUCUUCUUCCAAGUAGUCAUUCUUGGUACACUAAUGGAUUCUCUGAUAGUUUCCGCCAAGAAACAGAAACUGGAUGGGACUGUGAUGCAGCUGACAUGGGAACCCAUGGAAUGGACCUUUUCAAUAGCCCCGAAGAUGAACCACUGGCUAAUGUAGAUAUCACCAUCAAGGGAAGGAGGAGAGAAAAUGGGGACAUUUUUCUGAGGCUCAGGAUCGCAGAUAGAGAUGGCCGUGUGGAUAACAUAUACUUUCCUUUCGACAUUGAAGCUGAUACUGCAUUGAGUGUUGCGACGGAGAUGGUUGCAGAGUUAGAUAUAACUGAUUAUGAAGUAACUAGAAUAGCAGAAAUGAUCGAUGGAGAGGUAGCGGCGCUGGUACCAGAAUGGAAGCCAGGACCUGGAAUUGAAGAAAUGCCAGGAGUUCCAACUACAAGUUUCUGUCAGAAUUAUGCUUCCAAUGUCUCAUCAUGCAGUUCACUUAUAGACUACCUUUCACUCAAAACUCCCGGCUGUGCUAGUGUGCAAUCUAUGCAUCGUUCCAACCUUGAAUGUGCUGCGAUGCAUGGCCGGUUCGAAGAGAUAGCAUACCAAGUCGAGGGAUCUGAGCAUAAUGUGACCGAGGGAGCACCAGUGCUAUCUACCAGCCAGUCAGAUGGACCUGAGAUUUGCUCGCAAACAUCAAGAGAGAAUUUCUCGGACGAUGAAGGUGCCCAAGCUGACCGAUUGGCCGAGGAUGAGAGGGUUACACACAUGAAUGGUUCUAUCCGACAGCAUGGCCUGGAUGUACCGGAACUAAGAUUCGACUCUCCUCCACCUGAUAUAUCCUAUGAUUAUGAAAAUGAGAUCCAUCAAGAAUUGAGAUGGCUCAAGGCAAAGCACCAGACAGAGUUAAGAGAAGAGUACAAGACUCGACACUUGGGAGCAUCAAGAAGAGCUUCGCAUCCAUCCCCAGACUUCGGCAACCGGGAGAUGAGAGUGGAGAACGGUGCUACAGGUUCCAUAGUCCCUAAACAUUCACGAACUUCGGAUAGCAAGACAAUAAAAUCCUUUCAUUUGGGCAUGCAUUUCCCAUUUCACAUCCUCUGUGGCGACACAGAACCAAUCCCCGGAAAGAAGAGUUUUCUGGCCGAUAUCAAUGAAGGGUAUUGCUGGAGUAGCCGCCCUGAUUUGGGACACCAAAGGGCCCGAUGUCGUGAGGUGAAUGCUGAGAGCAGUCCUGAGAUGUUCACAGCAAAGAAUUUCUAUGCUGGAGCUCCUCUGCCAAAUUGUGUUUCCAGAACCAAGUCUCUUCCUGUUGAUGCAGUGGAUGUUUGAUAUGCGCAAGGCACUCCUCCAAUAAUUCCAUGAGUCAACAGUGGAUGCUUGAUAUGUGCAAGGCACUCUCAAAUAAUUCAAUGAUCACUCACUUUGACUGUAUAUCGUUGUUUGGCCCACAAUGUGCGUAAGAUUAUUUAGCCCUUCUGCCUCACUGUAUAUGGGUCAUGAAGUGAGUUGAAAUGUGGGGGUGUCUCUAUUCACUCAUCAGCACUAUGUAGUGUUCUUUUACUUCUUCGAAUUGAAGAGAUCGAUUCAGGCCGACUUAGUAUGAUGUACUUUACAUGGUGUAGCUCGAUAAGAUAUACAUGAGAAAUGAGAGACAAUUCAUUUCAUCUAGAUUCUAAAUAUUGACACAA